AUGGCACUUAAACGCAUUAAUAAGGAACUUCUUGAACUUAAUAAAAACCCUCCGGUUGGAGUGAGCGCUGGUCCACUCGAGGAAGACAUGUUUCAAUGGCAAGGUACAAUUCUCGGACCCCCUAAUAGUCCAUAUAAGGGUGGCAUAUUUCGCCUCAAGAUUGAAUUCUCUACAGAUUAUCCAUUUAAACCACCUUCAAUUAAAUUUAUCACACGAAUAUAUCAUCCCAAUAUCGACGAGGAUGGUUCGAUCUGUGUAAAUCUACUAAAAUCGGACGUCUGGAAACCAGCCACAAAGAUAGCACAAGUGCUCGAAUCGAUCGCAUAUCUAUUAGAAAAUCCAAACCCGGAUGAUGCUUUAGUGGCCUCUAUAGCAGAGUGA